CCAAAGCAGAACAUUCUUCGGUUUCAAUAUCUGGAUUUCAGGGAUCAUGGGAAACGUCGCCGGUCAUGGUCAGGCUGAGGAAACAAAAGUUCUAGUGAAGCCUAUGCUGACUACAGCUCAGAAAAACUUCAAGGAUGUAUCACACCCUAGCAGUAUUACGUCAGGUAAGGACAGGCCCAAAGUGACCAGAGAAGAUCUCGCAGUUCCUGGAGCUCAGUGCUUCCUCCUUCAUGGACUGCUCACUGAAGCCGAAUGUGAUCACUACAUCACAGAGACUGAGAAGAUCGGUUAUUCUGACAUGUCUGACGUCUUCCCUACUGAUUACCGUAGCAAUGAUCGCGUCCUAUCCAUUUGUGACCCUCUUGCUGACGAACUGUGGAACAGAAUUGAGCCGCUUAUAACGCGCAAGGAGGUUAUUAGAGUAAGGCCUAUGGGCUUUGGUAAUAAGGGAACAUGGAAGCCUUUUCGUGUAAACGAGUGCUGCAAGUUUGGGAGAUAUUCGAGAGAUGGUCACUUUUCCCCUCAUAUUGAUGGUCCGUGGGUUCCUCGCGAAGACGAGAGCAGCAUCUUCACUGUGGUCAUCUAUCUGAAUACACUAGACUCCAUGUAUCAGGGAGGAACUACGAGAUUUUUAUAUGAAGAUGAUUCAAGCAGAGUGGCCGGCUAUGUGACUCCAAGAGCAGGAACAGCAUUGAUAUUCAACCAUGAUGCUCUGCACGAGGGAGAGCCUGUUACUUUAGGGGUGAAAUACAUCAUACGCACUGAGAUAAUGUAUCGGAGAGUGGACACGGAGAUGCUUUCCAAUCUUGGAAACUACCAGAAGGAGGAGAGUUACAUAAAGACACUCACCCUCUACCAAAAGUCAUGGGAGCUGGAACAAGUGGGAGAUGUGAAAGGGUUCACGGACACCUAUCUCCAAGCUAUCCAAUUACAGAGACAAGCCCAGCGAAGCAUCUCUUCUGAAUCCAGUGCCACUGGUGAUAUUAAUCUGUUAUUGCCACAUGAACUUUACCUGACAAUCUUUGCAUUUCUAAAACCAAAGGAACUGUGCACAUGCAUGAUAGUGUGCAAGAGUUGGUAUAACAUUUGUAUGGACGGACAGUUGUGGUAUGAUUUAUACCGGAGGAAAUGGCCUGUAGGUAUCAACUUGGAGGCUACUAUCAACCCUAACAAGCCAGCACUGAAGAUCACGGAUGAGAGACCUUUCUUGAGGGACUGGUUCGGCCAUUACAAACAACGAACUUUAAUGAAACAGCCACAGAAAGUAGUAGUAAUUGACAUGGGAAGCUUCUCAUUUAAGUGUGCUGCCCUCCAUAGGGCCAAGUCAACCAUUAGGAAGUGUUGCAUUGAGUCAGUAGUUGCCAAGGUCCCUGGAGCAUGUGACAUACAUAUGCGUCGCUUUUUCUAUGAGCGGUACUUUUGUGGAGAAGAAGCACGAAAUGGUUUUCCUGGUCAGACUGUUGAUCUUGUAGUUGGAGGAAAGCUAGUCAAUACUCAAAUGAUCCCAGAGGUUGUCACAGGACUGUUCGUGGACUGUCGCGUGAGACCAAAGUACACUCCAGUUAUCAUCUUAGAGCCUCCGGGUCUCUGGUCGAGGAAAACUAGGCUGGAGCUUGCCGAAAUCUUUGUUAGAAGAUUCUAUAACCCUAGCAUCUGUUUCCUCAGUUCUGCUGUGGCAGUAUUGUGCAGCUUGGACCUCCAGUGUGGUGUUGUGGUGGAUGUAGGUCAUGGUGUUGCUACCUCUUCAGUUGUGUGGAACAGAGAGAUGUGCAACAGUGUUGACUGCUCUCCGAGUGAGGCCACACCAGAGAAACUAGCAGGCUUGAUUGAAGGAGUGAUACAAAAAUUCACCAAGGAUAAAGCAACAAUUUCCGUACUCAGGGGUCUCGUGGUACUAACAGGUGGAAAAAGAUGUUGUAGUGAUAGUCUUCAAAAGGAGUUGGCUAAAAGUGAUUCAAAUUACAGAGUGACAGUACCAGUUGAUGUUCAGUAUGCGGCUGUACUAGGAGGUUGCAGUGUGGGUAAUCUGUCGGGCUUCCAGAAAGUUUGCAAAUCUGAGCUACACCAGCUUCAUGAAGAUUCAAAAGCUAUUCCUAGAAAGCGAAUGAGAAGUGUCUUCUUUUAUGAUUGCCCGAUUUUGUAUUGGUACAAGCUUCUCAAUGGAGGAAAAGCGUCUAUGUUGAAAUUACUACAUCAUGCAUCUGAACAGGAGCGCCAUGAUUGGAAGGAAGACGUUGCUGAAGAUGAACUAUUUGUUGAGGGGGAAGACGUUGCUGAAGAUAAACCAUUUCUUGAGGAAGAAUAUUAAUAGGCAUUGGAACCCUGCAAUCUGAUUGGUCCACUAGACAACGAUUCUUGAAAUUAUUAUUAUAUACUCCACACAGGCUCAGGCUUUUUCUGUUCUUUGUCACAAUAGUUCAUAAGAUAUUAUUCACGACCACGUACUGUUGUUAGUGUGCACUUA